AUGCCGCCGUCCGCACCCCUGCCGCCUCAGACUCCGAAGUCCGCACCCAAGACCCUCCCAAGUUUCGCUGAGCUUCGCAAGAAGACGCAAGAGGUUUUUGGUCGUCUCCCGUGUCUCUGGCAGUGUCGUGUUGCCUCCGAGGUCUUGGCUGGCCAAAAGGACAUCGUCUGUAUCUCUGGGACUGGCUCGGGCAAGACCUUACCGUUCUGGAUGCCUCUGCUCUUCCGUCCGGACGGCAUUCAGAUUGUAGUCAGCCCGCUGAACGCUCUCGGAAGCCAGAACACGGAGCAGCUACGGAAGGUUGGGAUUAGCGCGAUUGCUAUCACAGCGGAGACGGCAACAAACACAAACAUCCAGGACAUCCUUACCGGAAAGUACCGUGUCGUCGUCGUCAGCCCCGAGGCAGCACUCAAAACUGGUGGAAACUUUGAACGACUGUGGAAGAGCAAAAGCUUUCUGUCAAACCUAAUAAGUGUGGUCUGGGACGAAGCUCACCUCUUGAAAAGCUGGUCGUCAUUCCGUCCGGACCUCGGAGAAGCGUCUCGGAUCCGCAACAUGAUCCCACUUAGCAUCCCCUUCCUCCUGCCGACCGCGACCAUGCCGACCCAUAUCUUGGCUAGUGUCAUGGACAUCGCCAGACUACGCCAUGACCGCCUGCUGACGAUACGAAGAUCCAAUGAUCGUCCAAACGUGUAUCUCGCAGUUAGAAAAAUGAAAUACUCACUGAGCAGCUACAAGGAUCUCGACUUCCUCAUUCCUGAUGGCUGGCGACCCGGUGUUCCUCUGCGCAAGUUUAUCAUAUUCUUUGACAACAUCGAAGAGUCAAUCAAAGCUGUACUAUACCUGAGGAUGCGGCUGCCUGCUACUUUUCGCGACAAGCUCAAGUGGUUCAACUCGGAUAACUCCCCAGAAUUUCGCGAGGAAAUGACAGCGGCACUGAAAGACAACAAGAUCUUUGGCCUUGCGUGCACGGACGCUUUCGGCCUUGGCAUCGACAUCUCCGAUAUCCCCAUUGUAGUCCAGUUCCGCGCAACAUGCGAUCUUGACACUCUAUGGCAGCGGUUUGGACGCGGUGCGCGCGAUCUGGCGCUCUUCGCGGUGGCGAUACUCUUGGUCGAGCGCAAGUACUUCGAUGCAGAGGCGGCGGCGGCGGCAGAACGGGCGGCGAAGCGGGCGGCGAAGCGGCAGGCAAAAGCGAUCGAGCAAGAGACCAAGAAGCGAAGGCGCACGGAGGAGGCGGCAGUGAAGGCGAAGAAGAAAGCCCGCACAGAGUCGUCAGGGGAUGCGGCACCGGAGGCACGGGAUGAGGAGGUGAUGGUGGGUGCGGAGGUGGUCGACCUGGAGGUGAUUGACUCGGACACAGAGGUGGAGACCGCCGUAGUCGCAGGCGGUGUGGAGGUCAUAGACAGGGCGGAGGCCGUGGACGCAGAGCUCAUGGUGGUGGACGAGGCGCAGUUGACGGUGUUUGAAGCGCUGCGCGUGGCAUACGUGCAGACGCACACCGCCCUGGCCGCGCCUGCACGGAAGAGGAAGGGCGCCUUUUCGGCGACCCCUUUGUCACCGGAGCUCGACAACUUCGUCAAUGCCGCCACACGCCCCUUCAAGUGCCACCGCAUGCCGGUCAUGGCGUACUAUGAGAAUGACCGGAUAGGCUUGUGGCCUUUUUCGCUAUUUUCACUAUAUACUUACCGCCAUUUCUCAGCUGUCUCUGACGAGCACAAGCACUGUCACCCGGGAGGCUGCCGUCGCUGUGCACCUCCCUCUUCCUCCUCCCUGUUAGUCUGCUGUACGCAGUGCAAUCCCACCCAUUUGGCCUUCGAUUUUCUUCCACUGGAAGAUGCACCUGCUAUCAAGGCCCCCGCCGCGCGUCGCGCGUCCAAAUUGGACGACAAAGUCACCCUCACCCAAGUUGACAAGGAUUUCCGGCUGGCGGUACAACAAUUUCGUGAUGACCAAACGUGCAAGAUGCUCGGCCGCACGCACCUCGAGGAGGAGGGUCCCAGGUUUAUAAUGGGCGACAAGACUCUCGACCGAGUCGUGCUGUGCGCGCGUGCAAACAAGAUCCGUUCGGUCGAGGAGCUCCAUCGGGAGACGAAGUGGUACCGAGUGAAGGAGCUCGGUGAGGAGCUUCUAGUGCUCGUAAACCGUUUCUAUCCGCCUCCGCCUCCACUGCCACCUCAACCUUCAAGCACGAGCUCUGCACCCCAAUCAGUGGGGAGCACACGACCAACGAGUGCUUCUAAGACCCAGCGACGGUGCAGUGCCUGUGGGAACGUGGGACAUAUCCGUGAGCCUCCAUAUUUCCGCGUCUUGGUGUGA